CUCUCUCUCGCUUGCUGGCUCUCGUCGAGGAAGCCAAAAGCGCGGCCGCGGGCGACGGUCGUGCUUUUGCCGUGCUUCUCGCCAGCCCCGCCGAGAAGAGUGUCGUCCUCCACUACCAACCGCUGCAGUGCAUGGCGCGUGCCCUGGCAGAAUAGGAUGACGUCGUCCCCUUCCUCUACUAUCUGGAAAGCUUCCCGGCCCGCGCGGAGCGCCGGCGACGACAUGGGAUUGUGACACCGGCUUCAUCCGUAGUCUAGCGGGGGAUAUCGCCCAAGUUACGGGAGGGCACCUGUUCGCGGCUCUGCUCGCUUCUCUUCGCCGCCGCCGCGGGUAGGCCGUUCGUGACCGUCGAUGGGCACCCGUACCAGGAUCGUGGGCAGCCGGCGACUCGCGCAGUCCCUGGCGGACCUGCUGCGACGUUCCAGGCCGGUGUCUUUCACGCCCUCCGCCUCGGAACAGCUGUGGUCCAAGCCGAGCCAGGACUUGGCGCCGUCGCUGCAACGCGGCGCAGCAUCUUCCGAGGAUGAGGCGGCGUCGUCCGCCGCGCUCUGGGAGCUGUACAGGGCGCCCCUGCAGCGGGGCGAACGCAGAAUGGGCAGCUUCACAUCGGCCCCCAAGAUUGCCAACGAGGACCAGGCUGACUGCGACCUGGAGAUGGAACAACAGCGCUCUGUCACACGCGAAGAACUGCUCGAUCGCUGUCGCGAAGAACUGCGAUCGCUGCCCCCUCAGCUGAAACGUAACUUCACGGGACGCUACCAAGAGCAACCCGGUCCGGAGACCGUGCGGGUGCUGCAGUGGAACUUGCUCUCACAAGCCCUGGCCGAGCAGGCAGACGGUUUCGCAUGCUGUCCCGACGCGGCCCUGGACUGGAGCAAGCGCCGGUGGCGCAUCCUCGAGGAGAUCCUCAGCUACCAGCCGGACGUGGUGUGCCUACAGGAGGUGGACCACUACAAGUUCCUCAGCGCCAGCCUGGGCAGCGUCGGCUUCGACGGCACCUUCUACCCGAAGCCGGACUCGCCGUGCUGCUACGUGCGCGGCAACAACGGUCCCGACGGCUGCGCCAUCUUCUACGACCGCGCCAAGUUCGAGCUGGUGCGGUGCGAGAAGCGCGUCCUCGAGGUGUUCACCUGCCAGUCCAACCAGGUGACGCUGCUGUGCAUCUUCCGGCGCAAGCUGGACGACGCCGAGCUCUGCCUGGUUACCACGCACCUCAAGGCGCGCCAGGGCGGCCUCCUGUCCAGCCUGCGCAACGAGCAGGGCAAGGACCUGCUCGACUUCGUGCGCGCCCACCGCGGCCGCAGGCCCGUCAUCAUCGCCGGCGACUUCAACGCCGAGCCGAGCGAGCCCGUCUACCGGACGCUGAUGGCGCAGCGCGACCUGCCGCUCGAGAGCAGCUACGCCGUCCGGCCCGGCAGCGGAGGCGUCCGGGAGGAGGAGCCGCCGUACACCACGUGGAAGAUCAGGCGCGAGGGGGAGGUGUGCCACACCAUCGACUACAUCUUCUACACGAGGCCCGACUUUGAGCUCGAGGCCCGACUGGACUUCCCCACCGAGGACCAGAUCGGACCGGGCAGGGUGCCCUCGCUCGCGUACGCGUCCGACCACUUCUCUCUCGUGGCCGACCUGGCGCUGCCGUUCCGAAUCUCCGACCAGCAGGUCAACGAACUCCUGAACGAAGAAGGCUCCCACCGCGGCACUGCUUCCUAGCGAUACGACAGGCGCCAAUCGGCGCGCGCCACCUUUAUAUCGCUCUCUGUAAAUAGCUUCCUUUGUCGCAGCUUGUUGUAUGCGCUUGGCUUGUAAUGAGAUUCUUUCGCUCGAAAUUGGUAUGACAGUAAAAAUUUAAAACAGCGAA